CUUUUGUUCACCCUUUAGAGCAUCGCGCAACUUUGAAUCAUGAUUAAUUGCUCCUUAUUUUUCGUUGGUUGCUUUUAAGCCUUCACUCAAUGCCUGAAAACGAAACUUUAAAUGAAACCGUGACAGAGACAGAAUUAAAAUAUCGUUUUGCAUAUACUCCGAGGCCAGAUAACCCAGAUGAUAUCGAAUCGGCUAUUCCACUCGCUGAGAACAGUUUAAAUCCGAUAAACACAGCAGGUAAUGACUGGCGAACACAUCCGAUUGAAGUUUUCCAGCAACGGCUGAGUUCACAUAUUGGUGAAGCCAAAAAAAUUCCGAAGUCAGUGGCUGAAUUUUAUCGAAAACAGGAUGAACAUAUUCAUGAGUUGGAAAAGAUUGCUGCCGCCAAUGAUACAGAAACUUCAGAUAUUAUUGAUGUAUAUACCAAUCAUCAGUCCGUGCGCCAACAAACACGUAAUAAUGCAAUCAUUUUACGCCUCGUGUUCUUUGCCAAUGUAUUGCUGUUGUUGGGUAAAGCAGUAGCAUCUGCAUUAUCAGGAUCACUGGCGAUCAUAUCUUCUUUACUAGACAGUUGUGUUGAUUUGGCUUCUGGUGGAAUAAUGUGGUACGCUUCUCGUCAGAUGCGCAAAAGGAAACCAUACACAUAUCCACAAGGUCGUACCAGGCUUGAACCGAUUGCAGUGAUCGUACUUGCUGUAUUUAUGGCUAGUUUAUCCAUACAACUUUUAGCUGAGUCUAUACAAGCAAUAGUUCGUAUGACACAAAAUAAACAAGAAGCUCCAGAUGUCACUGAUUUGGCAUUAGGAAUAAUGGCAACUGUGAUAGUGGUGAAAUUUUGUCUUUGGAUUAUCUGUAUGAAAUUUGGCAGUGGAAUGGGAGUAGAUGCUUUAAAGGCUGAUCAGCGUAAUGAUAUACUCAGUAAUUCUGCAUCUCUACUGUUUGGUGGUCUGGCUGGACGUUUGCAACAAUAUCAAAAUAUUAAAUAUUUGGAUCCAAUCGGUGCUAUACUCAUCAGUACUUACAUUCUAUAUUCAUGGUAUCAUCUUGGUGCUGAACAAAUACGUAAUUUAGCUGGUCAUACAGCCGAGCCACGUUUUAUUCAAAAGAUUGCAUUCAUAUGUCUUAAUUAUCAUCCUUUAAUUGAACGAUUGGAUACAAUUAGAGCAUUUCAUUUCGGAGCUCAUUUCUUGGUGGAAGUCGAUAUUGUACUACCCAAAGAUAUGUGUCUAAAAGACGCUCAUGAUAUUGGCGAAGGAUUACAAAAGAAACUGGAAAGACUUCAAUCUGUUGAGCGUGCUUUUGUACACCUAGAUUACGAGUAUACACAUCAUCCAGAAAGUGAACAUAAAAUAGCAUUAAAUAAUGACUAGUCGUAUUAUUUUUUUUGUCAUCUUUUAUUCACAGUCAAUGGAUAUUUCCCCUUAUUUUUUAUUUCAUGUUAACAAUGUGAACCAGCAACACAGAUCUACAGAUUUCAUCUUAUCAUCAUAAAAUGCAUCGAAUAAAGUAGGAAGAUAAAUCUAUGGCACUGUCAAGCAUUAGUAGCCCUUGACCCCAUCUAUCUAUCUAUCUUUCUUUCUUUAUUCUCUCUCAUUUAUAGAAUUCAACGUUUAAUUUUCGUAUUCUUGCAUAGCCUUACAUCACUUUAAAAGUCAAUUUUUUAAUGGAUUUUCGUUUAUAAUAAAAUACUUACAGAUCACUGUUAAAUAGUCAAAUACUUGUAGGCUAUUACUGAUAUUAUACAUCUUAACGAAAAUAAAAGUAAAUUGUACGCCAUACACCUUCAGCACUUUAACACAAUAUGGUUUCUCCCCUUGUUUCCACCAGACAGGGUAGAAAAGAGAGACAAAGAGACAGAAACUACAAUCUCUAUGAUGCAUUUUCAUCUCUAGUCAUGUUUAAUACUAUUGAUAAUACUUUUUUGUUAUGAUUUACUGUUAAUCACAAAUGUCUAGAAAUGGUAUACUUUCAUGCCUGUUUUAUGCCAUCUUCUUAAAUAUAGAAGCAGAUAAAUUUUCACCCACAUAUUGUUGCUUAUUUGCUUUGUUGAUUUGUUUUUUUUUAAUGUUUUCGAUCAGAACUUUUGUUGUUUUUUCGUGAUAAUUGGGAAAUAAACUAAGUUUCUUAUAGCCUCUGUACCCAUUAUUUUGUGAUUUAUCUUUUAUUCAAUUAUCUAGUGGUGUUUUUUUCCUACAGCUUAUUUAAUCUUGAUGUCCAUUUCACUCUUGUAAUUCAUGUCACAUGUGAUUCUCGUCCCCUUUUUUGUUUUGUUUUUUACCCUUCUGCUAGCCAUUCAACUUGUUUUUUUUAUAGUGAUGUAUUUCUGAAUUUUUAAGUUUAUUUUCUAUAAAAAAAAAGAUUUAGU